UUCUCUUAACGUGUUUUAAGGAACCAAUCUAUGUCCAUCAUGUCAGGCAGAGGCAAAACCGGCGGAAAGGCCAGAGCCAAGGCAAAGACCCGCUCUUCCCGCGCUGGGCUCCAGUUCCCCGUCGGUCGUUUUCACAGGCUGCUGCGUAAAGGCAACUACGCACAUCGCGUUGGUGCCGGCGCCCCCGUCUACCUGGCGGCAGUGCUGGAGUACCUGACCGCUGAGAUCCUGGAGCUGGCUGGAAACGCCGCCCGCGACAACAAGAAGAGCCGUAUCAUCCCCCGCCACCUGCAGCUGGCCGUCUGCAACGACGAGGAGCUCAACAAACUCCUGGGCGGAGUGACCAUCGCUCAGGGCGGCGUGCUGCCCAACAUCCAGGCUGUUCUGUUGCCCAAGAAGACCGAGAAGGCCCCCAAGUCCAAGAACCAAUCUACAUCCAUCAUGUCAGGCAGAGGCAAAACCGGCGGAAAGGCCAGAGCCAAGGCAAAGACCCGCUCUUCCCGCGCUGGGCUCCAGUUCCCCGUCGGUCGUGUUCACAGGCUGCUGCGUAAAGGCAACUACGCACAUCGCGUUGGUGCCGGCGCCCCCGUCUACCUGGCGGCAGUGCUGGAGUACCUGACCGCUGAGAUCCUGGAGCUGGCUGGAAACGCCGCCCGCGACAACAAGAAGAGCCGUAUCAUCCCCCGCCACCUGCAGCUGGCCGUCCGCAACGACGAGGAGCUCAACAAACUCCUGGGCGGAGUGACCAUCGCUCAGGGCGGCGUGCUGCCCAACAUCCAGGCUGUUCUGUUGCCCAAGAAGAGCGAGAAGGCCCCCAAGUCCAAGUAA